AUGCGCGUCGACGCCGCGCACACAGCGCGCCCGCGACGCGUGCACUUUCUCGUCGACGCGCGCGCGACGCGCGAGCGCGCGAGCGCGACGCAGUCGGCGUCGACGUCGGGAGCUGAUUUUAAAUCUUCAACUUGGAAAACCUUCGCGCGCCGCGCGCUCGAACGCGCCGUCGACGGGCGCGCGGGCGAAGACGUUGAAUUUACCGUGCGCGCGUGCGAUGGGUCGGUGCCGCCGCACGCGUUCGACGCGCGGGCGCGAGAGGCGACGGGACGACGCGGCGAUGAGUUUGGAAAGUUUCGGCGGUGCGACAAAAACGCCGUCGAGGACGCGUUCAGGACGUGCGAGACGACGUGCGGGGAGUAUUUAGAGACAUUUACGAGCGGCGGCGACGUCGCGGCGAGCGACGAGGAUGGACGGGGGGCGAUCGAGAGUUGGUUGGUGAACGCGACGCGGAACGUCGGCGCGGCGACGAACGAUUUCGCCGCCGCGGGCGGCGGAUUCGCCGCGACUUUCGCGGACGACGACGACGAAGGCGAGAAGUACAGCGCGUUAUUCAUCAUCACCGCACUCCCCGAGCUGUCGGAAGCGGAAGCGGCGAAGGUUGAUGCGAAGCACGUGGCCAAGUUGUUUAAAGGCAUCGAGGAGAAGUUCAAGCGAGACCGCGUUCGAGCGCAUUUGUUGUACGUCGGCGACGGACCGACGGGCGCGUUCGCGGACGUCUUGCAAGAGACGUUUCAUAAAUUGAAUGGUGCGGUGAUAUCGCUCGAUGUCGCGAGCAGACUCGCGUCCUGGCUGCCGCUGUAUUCGACGCUCUCGGCGCUGAGCCGCGGUGACGAGGCGAGCGCGUCCACGACUACGGUGGAGUCGACAAGUACGGUGGACAUAAUCGUCGAGACUCGAGACUCGCAAUCGGCGCAUCGCUUAGGCGAAGCCCAUCAAGCGCGAUAUCAUGGUCGAGGUGACGGUUCGAUUGCCAUUGUCGGUUUCAUCGACCGCGCCGAAGCGCCCUCAGCCGCGGCGCUGGCUGUUGAAACGCAAACCAUUUUGUGCUUUGACGACUCGCCGAUUCGUGCGCUUAUGGCGAUGCUUGUACUAAAAGACGCAGUCGCAGUCGUCCGACGCGAUGCUGGGAGACACGAGCAGAUCGCGAUUCUAGAGCCGUUGACGUGUUCGUCCUUCAUCGUCACUUCCCUGAAGACGACGCCUGGCGAGCUGUGCCCGCGCGCGUCGGCAGCGAAAGCGAGCGCUCGGAGCGAAAUUGUUAAACUCGCGUCGAGGCGAGAUUGUUUAGCGUCACUCGAAAAUGUGCACGUAUUGCUCGCGAAGAUUCGCGAAGACGUGCGCGAGAAGAUUGUGUCACCUCCGGCGACGCAGGAUUCUUUAGCGUUGACGCAACAAGUGUUGUCGAUGGACGCUGCGACGCAGAGCUCAAGUGCGCCGCUGAUGCCGGUCGAUGUGAACACCCUUGAGGAAGCUUUCAUCGCGGACCAGCGAAUUGGCGUGCAACAAGAUGCCUCUCGGUUGGAAGCUUGGUACGGCUCGCGCGAUUUGGUGCCAAAGACUCGAGAAAUGUUGCGUCGCGUGGAAGAUAAAGCGACGAAAUCUUCAGACACCGCGGGCGAACUCUUGAAUAAUCUCGAUGAACGGUUCAAGGACAUGCUCAAACGCCAUAAUGGCAUUGUUUCGCCGCCGCGAAAGUCACGAGCGCGACGAUCGCUCGCGUCUACGCUAACGGUGUUUGCAAUGGACGCUGACGUGCCGCCAUGGACUGGGGAUGUCGAACAGGCGGCGCUCGAGGAAUACGAGUCAUUCGUCGCUACGUUCAGCGCGCUCGAAGGUGGGGACGGAUUGAACGAGCCGAAUCUCCAUGAUUUCGCUGCCAAGAUUAUUUAUCGAUUCCGCUUGAGCGUGGGCUCGAACGAAGACGAUAAUCUCGUCGAGCGACUCGAACGCGCAAUCGCGAAGAAUUCAAAAGAGCUCAAGGCAAAGUACGUCGGUGUACACUCAUCCAAGGCGGCCAAGCGGCUGGAGUUCAUAUUACAGAUGCACGUCGCGCUGCAGUUGGCUUCUCUCAAAGUGACGCAAGUGCGCGAUGAGAAUGGCGCGGACGCGUGCGAGGCUGUCGAAGAGCGCGCCAUCUCGAAGAAAGAGCAAAAGAAACUCGUCAAGUCUGUGCAAAAGUUGGUGGACGAGAUUCAUUUUCUUCUUCAACCCUGCGGCGUCGAGGGCGUGCGCUCGUUGAUGGCGGCAGAGUUGACUCCACACUAUAGCGGAUUCAUACCAGACACUUUGCGAGUGUUGCAGCGCGAUCUCGGCUUGACCAUGGAACCCGACGCCGGCGGCGACGCAAGUGCCGUCGCGUUGACGCCGUUUUCUCCCGUGCCCGCGCUCAGGCGCUCACCAAGAAAGCCGAAAGCACCGGAAAGACUCGCACCCGCAGAACCGGCGCCGAAGCUCAAAAUUAAGGCGAAACCGCACGAGGGCUGGCAUCACCUCGCGCGUGGGCGGAACAACACGAAGGAAGUCAAGGUGUCCGUCAAAGAUUUGAAAAAGCCGACGUUCGCGCAUCCGCGACCGCAAACGUUUCGCGGCGUUACGCGCCAUUCAGCUCUCCAAGGUGGCGCCACGCCCGCACCGAGCGGUAACCGCGCGCUAUCGACGCCCGCGAUAGUGAAAUGCACGCCCAUGGGCGGCACCACGCCCGCGCCGAUGCGCGGGGGACCGCGAGCAAUUGUCGCCGCGACACCCGUCGGCGGCGCGAUGUCGACGCCGUUGGCGAAUCGUGCGCCCGUCCGCAAGCUGGCCGACGACUUCACGCCCGCGAAAAGAUCGCGACUGCACAAUACAUAG